UUUACAAUAUGGCGUUAGUGUUGAUUGUCGUAAUGUUUAAAAUCUCAAAUGACUGUUACGACGUACAAAUUUCAACGAAUAGAUCUUUUUCCUUGGCUACGUUUUAAGUUUUCUUUCUUAAUUAUUAAUUAAAUUAAUUAGUAACGCGAAAAGGUUAUAUAUAAACUUUAAAAUGAUAUUGCUAUAAUCGUAUAUUUAGAAAACACGUACCAUCAAAUAAGUACAUUUACGUGUAUUGUUAAUUAUUCGUAUAGCUAUCGAUAUGAUUGAAGUACUGUCAUCCGUAACAUGAGCGAUAAUACAAUCACACCUGUGAAGUUUAACCACUUUAAAUCAUAUUAUGCAGAAAAGAUUAACGGUCACCUGUUUGAAUAGAUCGAACUAAUCUAUGAAAACUUUCGAAAAGAAGAUAAUGCAGGAAGACUCGUUACAGCUGAAAUAGGGGUGAACAGUAUUAAUAGGUUGGAUUUAUGCAAUGAAUUAAAAUUACAAACGAAAAGAAUCAGUGACCCAAUUGGAAAAGGUUGAAAGAAUCAAAGGAUUAACCAUGACAUCUCUUGGAAAACUAAUAUUCAUAGAUAUUCACUGUAGGAAUUCAAGAACUUCAUCUUCUACUGAUUUGCAAAAGGAUUAUGUUGAAUCUUUAUCCUUUGCAUUUCAAAAUUUAUUUUAUAUGCCAUUUGAUAUUAUCGAAAACUAUGGCAAUAUGAUAUAUACUUUAGAUAUAAGUCAUAAUAAAUUUUGUAGAAGUUUACACUUUCUAUCAGAAUUUGAAAAUUUAACAUCUCUCAAUCUGGAUUAUAAUAAUAUAGAUGAAUUUACUGUUUUCCCAUAUAUGCCAAAACUUCAACUAUUAUGGUUAAAUCAUAACAAGAUCGAUCAGUUAUAUCCAUUUAUUAAGAAUCUCUAUGAGAGUAUGCCUAAUCUGAAAUAUUUGAGUCUUAUGGGAAAUACUGCUGCGCCUAGUUAUCUUAAUGGUGGAACGUUUUAUGACUAUUUACAGUAUAGGUUGUUUAUUAUAUCUUGGUUUCCACAUCUUGUACACUUGGAUGACCGGACAAUAACUCCAGAACAAUGUCAAGAAGCUAAAAGACUGUAUAAGAGGCCAUUCUUAGAAAGUUUAUCUGAAAAUGCUCCGUUACCAGAAUGCCUCAAGUAUUUGCAUAAAAAGUUAGCAAAUAUGUUUUCAAAACCAAUUUUGCCUAAUAAAUUACAAAGCACGAGAGGAACAAAUGUUAUUAUUUAAAACAUUUAUAAGUGAAAUGAAAGUAUAAGAGCAGUCAGAGAAUAUAUUUUUUUUAAGACAAAAUAAGUAUGUAGAACUAUUUUAGAGAAUUUUUAAACAAUAUAUAACUGCCUUAAAAUCGAUAUCAUCUAGUAAUUAUUGUUAUAUUUCUUAAUGAAUUUACUGGAGGAUUUAGGAGAUUUUACAGUACAUUAUGCAUAAUAUCAUUUUUAAUACAUUUCGGAAUUAGAAUUUAUAUGGUACAGAUAUAAUUUAUAUAUUAACAAAACCUAAUGUGUUAACAGUAAUAUUCUGUAUUAUGGAAAUAUUUUGUUAUUUGUUAUAUAAUAUAUUUCAUAAUGUUUUUAUUCCUUUUACAUCUAAUAUUUUUUCAUUUGUAUAAAAAUUUAGUCUUAAAAAUAGUUAUUUGAGAUAAUCAUUUACUAUUAUUAUUUUAUAUGUAUGAAUAAAACUCAUAUGAGAUUACACUACUGAGAUUAUUUACAUAUUAGAUAUUUCCAUUUAUGUGAUGAUAUUCGUAAUAAACCUAAACUUUUAUAUGAACAAGAAGGUGUAAAAGGUAUACCAAAACAUAAAAUAAAACACUAAAAAUAAAUAAAUUUGCUUAUGUGUUUUCUUGUAUAUAUUAAUCCAUUUAUAUAUUAAUAUUAUUUUCAUAAGGUUUAUAAGGAACAAAAUGUAUGCUUUUCAUAGUUCUAAAAUAUUUAUCACAUAUUUAUAUUUAUACAUAUUUUUACAGAAUUAUAAAGAAAUUUUUUAUAUGUGUAUUUAUAUAUAAAUAAAUAUAAAUACGUUCUAUUUUAUUUAUUUAUACUGUAGAAAUAAAAUGAAUAUCGAACAUUAUAUACUUUAACAAUUACUUGACAUAUCUUUCUUGUUAAAGAAAAAUCCGUACGUUCAUUUUUAUUUAUUUUUAAUGUUGUAAAACUUAAAAUGGUUAUAUAUAUAUGUGUAAACUAACAUAUUUGAAAGAAAGAAACAAGAUUAAAAGUUAAUACAUUUUUUUGUUGACUUUUUUAUAAAGAAAUAUUUAAAUUUAUUAAUAUUGCUGCAGAGACGGAACUUCAAAUGCUAAUGUUAUCUAUAAAAAAAAAAAACAAAAAGAAAUU